AAAAACAAUAACACCAAAUUAGUCAAGGUAAUGAAUCAGAUCAACUUUGGAUGUGUUUUAGGAAUGGGAAUACCUGAAUAAGAUAAUUUUCGGCACUAUGGCAACCGAAGAACAAAAAAGUUUCAAAGUAACAUUCAACGACCGAAAAGUAUUGAUACGAUUUCUUUCAGCUGAGCAGUUUAUUAAGAAAUGUAGGGAAAAAUUUAAGAUACAGAAUGCUACUGGAGUUAUUUUCCUGGAUAGUGACGGUACUGAAGUAGACGAAGAUUGUUUAAGCAUAUAUUCAGACAAAACAGAGUUCAAAUUAAUCGUACAUGAAGAAAACAUGAUUAUCGCAGAUUCAGAGACUGAAGUUGCCACAAUUGAUGCUGGAACAGCAAACAAGCACUGUACGAACCUGGUCCAGGACUUGAUGGACACCAUCAGUAUCAAAGACGAAAACCUGAAUGCCGCCGAUUCAGAAACUGAGAUUGAAACCAUUGAUGCUGGAAAAGCAGAGAUAAACCAGGAGGACUCAGUUCCGGCCAGAACUGAAAAUGCGGAGUUGACUGAUGUAGGAUCUGACGAAGCCGAGGAGGAUUCAGUUCCGGCGAGAACUGAAAAUGCAGGGUUGACUGAUUUAGGAUCUAAUGAAGCCAGCAAGUAUUAAACUAUAUACUGUAAAAUCAUUUAAUUUCGUGGGCAGAAAAUUUU